CUGUUGCUCGAGGAGGAGCGGGGGCGGGGACGCAAAAACCGGGGCCGAAUGUCAAAAACAAAAACCGUGGAACGGUGACCCCGGCUCGUUGGGGCGCCGUUUUUAAUGAGGAGCCAACCUUGAAAAGGUAAAUUCUGAACAGGUGCUGCUAGCUGGCUCAUUAACUACAUGGAGCUACGGGAAUUCUGGUGAGAUGAUCCCUCACCAGAAACUAAGCCCUGCGUUCUUUAAACACUGCACUGGACGUAAAGCAUCGUGAUUCUUUCUGUGUUGCCAUCAGCGACAGAAACCAGAGUCUUUCAUCACAAUUGCCAAGCACACACCUGGUCUGGAGGUCGGUGAAGCUUAGUGAGGAUCUAUGCAAGGUGCAGAGGCUGGAAACUCCAUGGCUGCUUCCCACCAGUGAGGAUAUGAAUUCAACCUGUGGAAAAACUGAAAGACUCAUCAUUAAUAACGGUACAACUGACAUCAUACAGCUCCUGAUGUGACACACCGGGAAGGACACAACAUCAUCUGUGAUAGUACUGCCAGAAUGUUUCACCUGAAUCUAAUCAUGAGGAAACAAUCAGGCAAACACACACUUAAGGACAUCCUGCACAGUAGCUGGCCUGCGCUCUUCAAAGCAUCAAUGUCAUAAAAGACAGGCUGAAGAGCUGUUGAAGAUUGAUGGAGACUAAAGAGACAGGACAACAAAAUGCAAUGUGUGGACCUUGUUUGAGUUCUGGAUCAGGAGAAAAAACAGCCAUAGGGGACAUUUUUGGGACAAACAGAAAGAAACAAUCCAAGGAAUGUAAAAGGAAUAUAAAAGAUCAUUUGUGUAUUACUGUUGGAAACUUGUCACUGUAGCUAUGAAGCUGAGGAGUUUUAACUGGAAAUGGAACAGAAAGAGCUCCUGAUUUUCGUUUAGAGAUCCACCUCCCUUUCAUUUUCUGCUUGUGUGUUUUGGGUACUGGAGUGUCACCAGACUAAUAUGGCCAGAAGAGGUUUUUCUUCCGAAAAAAUGGUUGCUUCUUUGAACUCAUGCCUGAGCUUUAUCUGUUUCUCAUUAUGCCUCUGGAGCAGGACAGCAUCAGCACUGAAUCUUGAAGACCCUAAUGUGUGUAGCCACUGGGAAAGCUACUCAGUGACUGUGCAAGAGUCAUACCCACAUCCUUUCGAUCAAAUCUACUACACCAGCUGCACUGAUAUUCUGAACUGGUUUAAAUGUACACGGCACAGAAUCAGUUAUCGGACUGCCUAUCGACAUGGGGAGAAAACUAUGUAUAGGCGCAAAUCCCAGUGUUGUCCUGGAUUUUAUGAAAGCAGGGAAAUGUGUGUCCCCCACUGUGCUGAUAAAUGUGUCCAUGGUCGCUGCAUUGCUCCAAACACCUGUCAGUGUGAGCCUGGCUGGGGUGGAACCAACUGCUCCAGUGCCUGUGAUGGUGAUCACUGGGGGCCCCAUUGCAGCAGCCGGUGCCAGUGCAAGAACGGGGCCCUGUGCAACCCCAUCACGGGGGCUUGCCACUGCGCUGCAGGUUUCCGGGGCUGGCGUUGUGAGGACCGCUGUGAGCAGGGCACCUACGGUAAUGACUGUCACCAGAGAUGCCAGUGUCAGAAUGGAGCCACCUGCGACCACGUCACAGGGGAAUGCCGCUGCCCACCAGGGUACACUGGAGCCUUCUGUGAGGACCUUUGUCCCCCUGGCAAGCACGGUCCGCAGUGCGAGCAGAGAUGUCCCUGCCAAAAUGGAGGAAUAUGUCAUCACGUCACCGGAGAAUGCUCUUGCCCUUCGGGCUGGCUGGGCACAGUCUGUGGUCAGCCUUGCCCCGAGGGUCGCUUUGGAAAGAACUGUUCACAAGAAUGUCAGUGCCAUAAUGGAGGGACAUGUGAUGCUGCCACAGGCCAAUGUCAUUGCAGUCCGGGAUACACAGGGGAACGCUGCCAGGACGAGUGUCCCGUUGGCACAUACGGAGUUCGCUGUGCUGAGACCUGCCAGUGUGUCAAUGGAGGGAAGUGUUAUCACGUGAGUGGCUCAUGCCUCUGUGAAGCAGGCUUUGCUGGUGAGCACUGUGAGGCACGCCUGUGUCCCGAAGGGCUCUACGGCAUCAAAUGUGACAAGCGGUGUCCCUGCCACUUGGACAACACUCAUAGCUGUCACCCCAUGUCUGGAGAGUGUGCCUGCAAGCCGGGCUGGUCAGGACUCUACUGUAACGAAACAUGUUCUCCUGGAUUCUUUGGGGAAGCUUGCCAACAGAUCUGCAGCUGCCACAACGGGGCUGAUUGUGACAGUGUGACUGGAAAAUGCAUCUGUGCCCCAGGAUUCAAAGGAAUUGACUGCUCUAUCCCAUGCCCAUUGGAAACCUAUGGGAUAAACUGCUCCUCUCUCUGUGGCUGUAAAAACGAUGCUGUCUGUUCACCUGUAGAUGGGUCUUGUACUUGCAAGGCAGGCUGGCACGGGGUGGACUGCUCCAUCAGCUGUCCCAGUGGCACGUGGGGCUUCAGCUGUAACCUGACCUGCCAGUGCCUCCACGGGGGAGCCUGCAACACCCAGGACGGGACCUGCACGUGUGCGCCUGGAUGGCGCGGGGACAAAUGUGAACUCCCCUGCCAGGAUGGCACAUAUGGGCUGAACUGUGCGGAGCGCUGUGACUGUAGCCAUGCGGAUGGCUGCCACUCCACCACGGGCCACUGCCGCUGCCUCCCUGGAUGGUCAGGUGUCCACUGCGACAGCGUGUGUGCUGAGGGGCGCUGGGGGCCCAACUGCUCUCUGCCCUGCUACUGUAAAAAUGGGGCUUCAUGCUCCCCAGACGAUGGCAUCUGUGAGUGUGCGCCAGGGUUCCGAGGCACCACCUGUCAGAGAAUCUGCUCCCCUGGUUUUUAUGGGCAUCGCUGCAGCCAGACAUGCCCGCAGUGCGUGCAUAGCAGUGGGCCCUGCCACCACAUCACAGGCCUGUGUGACUGCUUGCCUGGCUUCACAGGUGCCCUCUGCAAUGAAGUGUGUCCCAGUGGCAGAUUUGGGAAAAACUGUGCUGGAGUUUGUACCUGUACAAACAAUGGAACCUGUAACCCCAUUGACCGAUCUUGUCAGUGUUAUCCAGGGUGGAUUGGCAGUGACUGCUCGCAACCUUGUCCUCCUGCGCAUUGGGGUCCAAACUGCAUCCACACGUGCAACUGCCACAAUGGGGCGUUCUGCAGUGCAUACGACGGGGAAUGUAAAUGCACUCCUGGCUGGACCGGACUCUACUGCACUCAGAGAUGUCCCCUGGGUUUUUACGGAAAGGACUGUGCGUUGAUAUGUCAGUGUCAGAAUGGAGCUGACUGUGACCACAUCUCUGGGCAGUGUACAUGCCGCACUGGGUUCAUGGGGAAGCACUGUGAACAGAAAUGCCCUGCGGGAACAUAUGGCUAUGGCUGUCGCCAGAUAUGUGACUGUCUGAACAACUCCACCUGUGACCAUAUCACUGGGACUUGUUACUGCAGCCCAGGCUGGAAGGGGGCACGGUGUGAUCAAGCUGGAGUCAUUAUCGUUGGAAAUCUGAACAGCUUAAGCAGGACCAGUACAGCUCUCCCUGCCAAUUCCUACCAGAUCGGAGCCAUCGUGGGCAUCAUCAUUCUUGUACUGGUUGUUCUCUUCCUCCUGGCGUUGUUCAUUAUUUACAGACAGAAGCAAAAGGGAAAGGAAUCAAGCAUGCCUGCAGUUACCUACACCCCUGCCCUGAGGGUCAUGAAUGCAGACUAUACCAUUUCAGAAACCCUUCCCCACAGCAACAGUGGAAGUGCUAACAGCCAUUACUUCACUAACCCCAGUUACCACACACUUACCCAGUGCGCCACAUCCCCACAUGUCAACAACAGGGACAGGAUGACCAUCGCAAAGUCAAAGAACAAUCAGCUGUUUGUGAAUCUGAAAAAUGUGAAUCCUGGGAAGAGAGGCCCAGUGGCAGACUGCACGGGAACAUUGCCAGCAGACUGGAAACAUGGCGGCUACCUUAAUGAGCUUGGAGCUUUUGGACUUGAUAGAAGUUAUAUGGGAAAAUCCUUGAAAGAUUUGGGAAAGAAUUCUGAAUAUAAUUCAAGUAACUGCUCCUUAAGCAGUUCUGAAAACCCAUAUGCCACUAUUAAAGACCCGCCUGUACUUAUCCCCAAAAACUCAGAGUGUGGCUAUGUGGAAAUGAAGUCACCAGCACGGAGAGAUUCCCCCUAUGCAGAGAUCAAUAACUCAACUUCAGCCAACAAGAAUGUCUAUGAAGUUGAACCUACAGUGAGUGUUGUCCAAGGAAUAUUCAGCAAUAAUGGGCAUCUCACCCAGGAUCCAUACGACCUCCCAAAGAACAGUCACAUCCCUUGCCAUUAUGACCUGCUGCCAGUCCGAGACAGUUCAUCCUCCCCCAAGCGAGAGGAUGGUGGCAGUGGCAGCAGCAGCAGCAGUGAAUGACACCAAAGGACUGCCCGGUAGCCGCUGGAACAGUUUCCAGAAUUGCAAUUCGGUUCUUCUCCAGCGUCAAGUUUGCCACCUUAGGUGAAUGUUAAUCUACUUGGUAGGCAACUGUUGGACGUGAACCAGAAAGCUCAAAGCUGAGGCUGACUGACCAUAGGUCCCUCUUGUACAGGUGGCUUGGAAGGAGACACCAAUGUGACUUCCUCGUCUUCUUACUCAUAGAACUGCACCCGUGAAGCACGACUUCCUAUAAGAUCCAGGCUAAAAGCGUGGACUUUCUGAGGUCCUCAGGAGGGAGUCAUGGGGUGCGGUGGCCAUUGGUAUUACUGCUUGAACAAUUAAAAUUUAAAUAUUUUCUUUCUCAUUUGCAUUGCAGAGCUGUACCGAGGAUUGUGCAGUUUAUCAUAAAAUCUAGUGUGAAUCACUAAACAUGUAGAAGAAAAGGGGCCUAUUAUCGAGUCCUUAUGUGUAUUUUUUUCAGCGGAUCUCAGAAUUAUAGGGAUAAUACGAACCCAGGAAGAAGUGUUCUGUCGAGUGGCAUACCUGCAGAGACUUUGGAUAAACUCUAGACUUGGUUAGCACAUUUAAAUAUGGAAACUUUAGACUUUUUUUAGGAUGAAGAAAUGAAAAAUUAGAGUUAUUUUAGAAAUAGUCGAAUUAUUUCAGGAAUCAGUAUACAGAUGUGGCCAGCAGAGGUUAGUCGUCUUUGACCCUUGGCCCACUUUGGUCCAUGACAUCAUUCUGAUUGCUGUCCCCAUUGUACAUAUUCACCACUUAAGGUCCAUAACAUAUCAAUAAUUAUUUCAUAAAUGUAGAAAUGAAAUUGUUUUAUUUUUGACAAACUGGAUUGAAUGAGUGUGUAAUGAUUGGAAAAGGCUGUAAAUUUUAAGUGUAAGAGGAUGCUUCGGUUUUGUAAACCAUUAGUAACACAUGCUGUAAUAUAGAAUUAGCGGAAAGUUUUGAUUAAUUUUUCCCCAGAAGUGACCGGAAUAUUUUUGUGCAUAUUUGAGAAAAGGGCACUUUCCUUUUAUUAAUUGUUGAUUUAGAGAAACUAUGCUUAAGCUGGUCUUUUGCAUUGCUAAUAUGACGUGUACCCCAUUUUUCAUUAAUUUGUAUUUCCAUUUUUAAGUUGUAUAUUCUAUGUUUUGUAGUGCUUGGAUUGUUAAUGAAAAAAAUUAUAUUAUGUUCAUUGUUUCUUGUA